AUGAAGAAAAGGGAGGCCUCCAUCUCUAGGAGAGCUGAAAUCCAGCAACUGUACCAGAGAUAUGCAUCAGCUGAGCCAAACCUGUCUGCUGAUUCCCUUCAGACGUUCCUUCGCAAAGAGCAGCAUGAGCACACAGCAAACGUGGAGACAACAAUCAAACUGAUUGACAGAUAUGAGAUUGAUGAGACAGCCAGAGAAAAUAACUCCAUGACAUUUGAGGGAUUCCUCAGAUACAUGGAGUCCAAAGACUGCUGCCUCUUCAACCAGGCCCACACGUCAGUCUACCAAGACAUGGAUCAGCCUCUCACCAGUUACUUCAUUUCCUCAUCACACAAUACCUACCUGACCAGAGAUCAGCUCGUAGGAAAAAGCCACCUGGAUGCUUACGUUAUUGCUCUGAGGAAAGCCUGUCGCUGUCUGGAGAUUGACUGCUGGGAUGGGCCAGAUAUGGAGCCUUUAGUCUACCAUGGUCACACCCUGACCACAAAGAUACUCUUUAAGGAUGUCGUCCAAACUGUGGAGCAACAUGCCUUUGAGAUGUCUGCGUACCCAGUGAUACUGUCAUUGGAAAACCAUUGCUCGCAGGAGCAGCAAGAGGUCAUGGCCCAGUACCUCGUCUCUAUCCUGGGGGAGAAGCUGCUGAGAAAUCCCUUGGAUCAUUUGACCACUGGAGACCUCCCGAGCCCAAAUAAGACGGUGGUGGUGGCCAAACCUCUGUCCGACCUGGUCAUAUACACCCAGUCUGUCAAGUUCGUCAGCUUCAGUUACUCUAAGGACAAUCAGAACUGCUACGAGAACACGUCUAUUGCGGAGAAGAAAGCACGGAAGCUAGCCAAAGCCACAGGUGCAGAUUUUGUGCAACAUAACCAGAGAUUCCUCAGCAGAAUUUACCCGUCAGGCUCCAGGGUGCUGUCGUCCAACUACAAUCCUCAGGAUUUCUGGAACGUCGGCUCACAGCUCGUGGCUCUCAAUUUCCAGACUCUGGGUUUGCCCAUGGACCUUAAUGAUGGCCGUUUCCAGGACAACGGGGGCUGUGGGUAUAUUUUGAAGCCAUCAGCGCUCAUGUCCAAUGAGGGCUUUGAUCCUGGCUGCCAGAACAGUUCCAUGCCCUCGCAACUGCUACUCAAGGUGAUCAGCGGGUCCAACCUUCCUGUUUCCAGGAGCGGCAAAGCUCUGGACCCCUUUGUCAGAGUGGAGAUACAUGGGAUUCCCUCUGACUCUUGUAAGAAAUGCACACCUACAGUCAGCAGCAAUUCUCUGACUCCUCACUGGAACACAAACAUGGACUUCAGCCUCAGUGUCCCCCAGCUCUGCCUCAUCCGCUUCUGUGUGCGACAUCAGACCGGCCCUCUUACCAAUGAGUUUGUGGGUCAGUACACUCUGCCCUUCACCAGCCUGAAGAAAGGCUAUCGCUGGGUUCCUCUCCGAUCCCAAGAUGGAUGCAGCUUGGAUCCAGCCUCCCUCUUUGUCUUUGUUUGGUAUUCCUAA